CAUCUGCGUGGAGAGUUCGGUCCAGACCCGUUUCCCGUCCCUGCAGCGGGACUCAGCUCCUCGGGGCCUGCAGGACCGUCUGCAGCAGCUGGCUGUUUUAUUUAUUUUAUUUUUAAUUCAUUUAUCGGAGAUUAUGAGACAUCUGGCACGAGGCGCUUCAUCUGGAAUAAAAGCGGCGGAACUUUAAGGUAAUCUGGGUUCUGUUUGUGUGAAGAGGACGGGUCAGAAGAGCCGAACCGGUCCAGAUGAUCGUCCACCUGAACGACCUUGGGGUUCUCCUGGAGCAGAAUGAGACCUUCCUGCUUCAGCUCAUUAAAAGUAAGGAAAAGAUAAGACGGGGCAGCGUUCCUGCAGGAUGGUCCUCCUGAACACUCGGGCGAUAAAACCCCGACCGCCUCACUCUCUGGACUCAGGCAUGGGUGGAAACAGAGGACAGGAACCCUGAAGUCCAAAGCAGGCAGAACAUUGUUCAGGUGAAUCAAUGAGCCAUCCCUCCGGAGCAUGGGGUGUGUCAAAUCCAAGAGGAGCGAGGACGCUUCCCAGCACGCCAACUCCACCGAGAGGGUGGACGGGAAGAGGAGGAAGACGAGGGGCGAGAAGGCCUACUUGGUGGACUCGGAGGAGAGCUCCCCUCAGGUCAACCCGGUUCUGCUGGAGUACGCCCAGAGGCUGUCGGAGGAGAUUGUGGCCCGGGCCGUGCAGCAGUGGGUGGAGGUGGACAGCCGCUACAGCGACAUCCCCUACAUCGAAUGUGACGUUCCGUGAUGGGGGGCCAGACUUCACAGAGGGGACACCUGGAGGUCUGGAGACAAAUCAAAGAGUCAGUCAGAGUCUGGACUUCAUCGGCUCUGACCCACUUCAGGAUUGGGUCAUGCCUGGACUGAGCCUACAACCUUCCUCCAAACGGACCACAGAGCCCCGAUCCUGCUGGACGGCUGGAGAUCAUCUUUCUCCGUCCUGCACCGUCCUCCCUCGUGGCUCCGCUUCAGAAACCCAAUCAGAUAUUUGGUGCGAAAGACGACCCGACUCGCCGGCGUCCAUGGGGGGUCUGGGGGAGGGUAUUUAUAGAUCCCAUCUUUAGGAGAAGGAUCCUCCCUGGACAGAAAUGCACCGUCUGGACUCGGAUGAAGAAAAGAGACGAUGGACUAUCUGGACUCUCAUCUAACGGAGUCCAGGAACUAUUCUGUACCAAAUCAUUCACUUCAGAAAGACACACGGUCAUUUAGGUGGGUUAAAAUAAAUUAAAUCAUUUUAAAACUCGCGGCUUCUCGUCGUUCCAGGACCAGAAUUUGGGAUUAGGACUCGGCUUUUCAGUUUUAAUAUUAAGCUAACAGGUUGUUAGCACGUUUCCUGUCCGGUGAGAUCGCUCUCUGUUUCAAAACCAAAACAUUUAUUUAUGUUUGCCCACAAACUUAAAGUAGAUUUGCGCAUUUAUUGAGCAUUAGUAGAAAAAAGACGCAUUCAUAACAGUGGAUGGUAGCUGGCGCCUCGUGCAGUUGUAAAGGUCGCAGACCGCUGCAGAUUAGGACCCACCAUUAACACUUCAGCCAUAAAACAGUCAAAGAAUUUUUAGGCUUCGUUUUGUCCACUUUGUGUCAUUGAUUCUGGACUGGCAGAUGAAAUAAAAAAAAAAAAACAAGUUUAAUCAACUGAACAAUUAAAUAAUUUAGAAAUGUUCCAAACAGAGGCCAGAGGAUGGAGAAACAGUUUUAUUACAGCCUUCGUUUAUUUCCAUUUUCCUUCCAAGCAGCCAGGUUUUCCUCUAACUUUGUAAAGUGGGUCUGGAUCAACAGUUCUCUGGACUUAAGCUGCUUCUUCCCUCAGUUUCAGUUCUUGAAUCUGACCAAACUGUCACACAGACACAGUUUGAUCCAUUUAUUUAGUUCAGUCUAUAAAAAUAAAUCAAAAACAACAAAGUUUGACAGAAAACAGGAUU